AUGCCAGAUAUUGUGGAGGAGGUCGCGGAAUCCGUGAAGGAAGUGAUCGAGCAGAUGACCGAUGCCAGCACCAACACCACGGGGAAGCCUCAAGCAACAGCUGAAGGCAUGGCUUUAGCUUAUGGAAGCCUCGUGUUGAUGGCGCUCAUUCCGAUUUAUUUUGGAUCGUUCAGGUCUGUUACCCGACAUGCUGAACAAAAGGAAUCUGGAGAGAAAACGGAAAAAAUCAUGACCAAGGAUGCUGCAAUGUUCCCAAUUUUCGCCAGUUGUGCGCUGUUCAUCCUUUAUCUAGUUUUCAGGAUAUUUUCCAAGGAAUACAUCAACAUUCUCUUAUCGGUGUAUUUCUUCGGCAUCGGAGUUGCCGCGUUUGUUCGGAUGAUGCGCCCAAUUAUGAUUGAUCGACUGCCUCCAUGGAUACCAGUGUACUUCUACGAUGCCAAAGUUACGCAAGUCGCAAAGGGAACCACUAUUAGGGAAACGGUGCUCGAUUGUACUUUCAGUACGGCAGAUUUCGUCUCUCUCGUCCUAUCGACAAUAUUCGGCGUGUGGUACCUGUGGCAGAAGCAUUGGGUUGCCAACAACAUAUUCGGUCUUGCAUUUGCUUUAACCGGAGUUGAAAUACUUCACCUCAACAAAGUGAAAACCGGCGUUAUUUUGCUUGGUGGGCUGUUCGUCUAUGACAUUUUUUGGGUGUUCGGCACGAACGUCAUGGUGACAGUAGCGAAGUCCUUCGAAGCCCCGAUCAAGGGCCUCCUCAGUGAACAUCCGAAAAUGCCAGAUAUUGUGGAGGAGGUCGCGGAAUCCGUGAAGGAAGUGAUCGAGCAGAUGACCGAUGCCAGCACCAACACCACGGGGAAGCCUCAAGCAACAGCUGAAGGCAUGGCUUUAGCUUAUGGAAGCCUCGUGUUGAUGGCGCUCAUUCCGAUUUAUUUUGGAUCGUUCAGGUCUGUUACCCGACAUGCUGAACAAAAGGAAUCUGGAGAGAAAACGGAAAAAAUCAUGACCAAGGAUGCUGCAAUGUUCCCAAUUUUCGCCAGUUGUGCGCUGUUCAUCCUUUAUCUAGUUUUCAGGAUAUUUUCCAAGGAAUACAUCAACAUUCUCUUAUCGGUGUAUUUCUUCGGCAUCGGAGUUGCCGCGUUUGUUCGGAUGAUGCGCCCAAUUAUGAUUGAUCGACUGCCUCCAUGGAUACCAGUGUACUUCUACGAUGCCAAAGUUACGCAAGUCGCAAAGGGAACCACUAUUAGGGAAACGGUGCUCGAUUGUACUUUCAGUACGGCAGAUUUCGUCUCUCUCGUCCUAUCGACAAUAUUCGGCGUGUGGUACCUGUGGCAGAAGCAUUGGGUUGCCAACAACAUAUUCGGUCUUGCAUUUGCUUUAACCGGAGUUGAAAUACUUCACCUCAACAAAGUGAAAACCGGCGUUAUUUUGCUUGGUGGGCUGUUCGUCUAUGACAUUUUUUGGGUGUUCGGCACGAACGUCAUGGUGACAGUAGCGAAGUCCUUCGAAGCCCCGAUCAAGGUUGUGUUCCCGCAAGAUCUCCUGGAGCAUGGAAUGGGAGCAAAUAAUUUUGCUAUGCUCGGUUUGGGAGACAUCGUGAUUCCUGGAAUAUUCAUAUCUUUGCUUCUGCGGUUCGACGUGAGCCUGAACCGGGGUAGCAACACCUACUUCAACGUUACGUUUUUCGCGUACCUCGUCGGACUUCUGAUGACAAUCGGCGUCAUGCAUGUGUUCAAGCACGCCCAACCAGCUUUGCUGUACUUGGUUCCAAUGUGUCUUGGAACACCGCUCUUCGUUGCUUUGAUCAAAGGCGAUUUAAAUAUACUUUUCCAGUAUGAAGAUGAGCCUGAAGAAGAUGAAGCAGGCGAAGUUUCGCAGAAAGCUGAGAAAACGGAUUGAAGGCACAGAGUCUCUAUGAAAAGAAAACGAGGAAAUUUUGAUGUUCAAAAAUGAAAAUGAAUAUCUUGUUAAGUUCGGAUUGCACGUUUUUGGAGUUUUUUUUUCUAAUUUCCAACGUCUCAGUUGUAAUUGUUCCCUUGGCGUUGCGUUUGUGAGAAGCUUUUUCUUGGUGAUGGCGACGUGGGGAAUUCGUCGACUUCCAGAAAGUGUUAUUUUUAGUUUAAAAAUUUAUGUUGGAAUGGCGAACUCGUUUUUGAAAUUUUUUUUUUCCUUGCAACUUACUUGAUCAUUGAUUUAUUCUGAUUUUUCUUUUAUGCACUUGCUUUUCAUGGCUGCAUUCCCUCUCGACAGAUUUGCAGAAGUGUUUAAAAUUGAGCCUUUCUCUGUCGAAAGAACACGCCGUGUUUCAAGAGGAAACUCUGUGAUCAUACUUAAGACGUUUCCCGCGGAUUCAGACGUCUUUGGAUUAAGAUAACAUCUGCCAACCUUGCACAACUGAAAGGAAGGAAUAAGAUUUGAUUUUCUGUAAAACCCGUUAAGUUCUGAGGCUUCUCUGACGUUACCGCCGAAUGACGCGGAAGAUUCUUCCGCCGGAAAGCGCUCAUGGGUGCAUUUGAAUUUGUGAAGAUCGUGACAAGUUCUUCCGGACGAAUGUUUUGAAGGAUUAAGAAUCGGACUGCUAUGGAAA